AUGGUUGGGGUCCCUGGGCGCAGCAAGGCCUGCACUACUUGCCGAAGGCGCAAGGUCAAAUGCGAUGAGGCCAAGCCCACUUGCCAGCGCUGCGCAAAGGGCGGGUUCGAGUGCCUGGGAUAUGUCAAGAAAAAGAUAUGGUUUCACACGUCCACAGCACCGUUCCCUGGGCAGGCUUCCUCGUUGUCGGAUGCCCGGCGGAUGAGGCUUGUGGCCGGGCGUGCGCAAGCAGCAUCGCCCCCGAGCGAGCUUAGCCUUAUCGCGUUCAAGGACGAUUUUUGUAUUAGCUUCACCUUUGCCAAUUUCGUCUGGCGGUCGUACGGCUCCCCAUGGCUCGAGCAGGCAGCCCAGGGCAAAUUGGGUGCUCUGGCCCUCGAUGCGACGCGAGGUCUCUCGCAGUCCAACUUUGGGAAAGCCAACCACCAGUCAGUGAUUGAACUCGAGGGCGUGCAGCGAUAUAGCACGUGCCUCAAUAUCCUCAGGGAUGCCCUCAUGAUUGGGGUAACAGGGGAGCUCUUGGUCCCCAUUCUCAUCAUGCUGAUUCACUCGUCUUCCAAUGCCGAUCGUGCCGGAUCAAUGUUUCAUCUCAAAGGAAUUGCACACCUGCUCAAUAUUGUUGGCCCAGAGGCUUUCCAACAACAGCCAUUGAUGAACGCUUUCGAAUCUGCAAGAGGGACGCUGAUAAUCGCCAGUCUGAUGAGCAAACAACGCCUGUUUCUUGAUGAAGAGAGAUGGCGAACAGUGCCAUGGGCGCGCAAUAGCCACCUGAAGACGCCACAGAGCGAACUUGCGGACAUCCUUGUUAUUAUACCGGGGAUACUUCAGGACCAUUCCAAUCUAGAGAUCGUAAAUGACGGGCGUCCAGGGCGAUUAGCCGACCUCCUGGACAAGGUGAAGGCGCAACUUACGAAGCUCUAUGAAUGGCGUUGGCGAUGGCAGGUCCGCUCUGGCAAACUUGUCAGCGCAGAGGAGAACGAGCAGAAUCGCACUUUCUCUGCCGGCAUAGGUUCCUCUGAUGUGCCGCAUUACAGAACUCGCCUGCAUUUUGCAACCUUCUCUGCCGCUGUGGAGUUGAUGGUCUACAACGCCACCCAGAUGUGGCUCCUUGCCCUGCUCUGGAAGAUGGACCCUAUGCACGCUGCCGGACACAUCGAAAACUGCGCAAAGGCCGCCGCCAUGUUUCAUGCUGGUUGCUCAACGGCCACUCAUGACUUCUACAAACCUCUCCGACGCCCUGGCGGAGCCGUCACUGUACGCGAUCCAGCCUUGGAGGUUUGUCGGGCGUUUGAGUGGAUCACCCAUCAUCAUCAUGAGAACAAUGAGCCUGUGUUCUUGUACCUUUUCCCUAUGGGCAUGGCGAUGAGUGUCCUGUAUGGAAACCCUGCCGACGAGGCCUGGAUUAAGGGGAUGCUCAACAGGAGCCCGAUCACGGCAAGCUAUAUCCAGUCGCAGGACGGGAGUGCGGCAAGCUUCGGUUGGUAUUUGACCCUUGAAGCAAUCCAUCCUGAGUCAGUCCAUGCGACGGAGCAGUUGUACUCUCCAGCGAUUGAGGCUAUGCCUGGAGACCCUUGA